GUAUCAUAUUCUGUGAUAGAAAGUGUUAGUUCAUUCGCAGACUAGAAGCCGUCUUUACCAGAGUAGUUUGUUUAUCACAGCUCAUUAGUGCAAAGCAGUUGAAGUUCAAGGAAAAUAUUGUGAAACGUAACGUUUUGUUUUUCACGGGUGAGGUCGCAAGCUCCCGCGCCGCAGAGUGGGCGCGCCGCCUACCAGAGCUCAGUUAGAGUCCGGCACCGCCGUCGCUCGCACGAACCUCUCCGCCGCACAAGCGCAACGAACGACUUCAAAAUGGCCACCGGUCCGAAGAUAGUGCACAAGCAAUUCAAUUCACCCAUCGGCUUGUAUUCCCAGCAAAAUAUCAAGGAAACACUCAACAAGCAUCUGCAGAACCUCGACAAUGGCACUGUAGGUAUCGAUUUUCACAAUCCGGUUACCGAUAAACCGGCAAAUCUUGCAAAUUCAGCCGUUCUGCGCAUGCUUGAGGAAGAAGAACGAAACAGAAAAGGUUUACCAAAACUAGACCCCACCCAAAUCCAGGCGAUAUUGGAAAAUCUUGUUUACACCAAGAGAAGAUUUGAAAGUAUUUGGCCUCCUAAAAAAACGAAAGCAGACCGUAGUUGGAACGGUCACAUCAACUCUACGUCCUAUAUUCAUUCCGAACUUAUGAAGGCUGCUAAAGGUCAAAAAAAGGUAGUGUGGCCGCCAGCGCCCGAAACAAACGGAUACCACCAAUCGCAGCAGCAGAGUCCUGCAUACAACAACAACGCACAGCAUUCUCCGUCUCAGCAACAAUUUUCCCCACAAUCACAGCAACAAUAUUCCCCGCAACCCCAGCAACAGUACUCCCCUCAACCCCAUCAACAACCUCAAUAUCAACCACAGUACCAAGUUCCCCAAGCCCAAUCUCCGCACUCCUACCAGCAGUCUUACCAACCGCCUCAGUCGCAACCUGCCUAUUGUGAAGGACGGCGUCAAGAACCCACUGGGCUAAGUAAGCUGAUCCCUGUGGGGCCAGGUGUCACCGCUUCCCCAGUCGCCCCGUCCUAUCGCCAGGGCCCGCUAUCGCCUAGCGCGCAACCUUAUCGCCAACAACAAAGCCGCUGGGCACCUGUUCCGGCUCCCACUUCCCCCCAGCCUCAAUACAAUCAACCGCAAUACUCACCACAGCCGCAGUACUCUGAGCCCGUGUACCAACCGCCACAAAAACCUUUCGAGCCACCCCCGACUACAAUAACACUGCGCCCGCAACCCCCCGUACACCAGCAACCUCCACCGGUAUAUUCUAGUCAGCCUGCUACAGCUUCGUACAAAGGAGGCGUAAACAUGCGUGGGGAUCAGAAGUGGCCACCACAGUCUGUGAAGGAGGCAGUGGCUGCAGAAAAUGAGGCGAGAAGGCAACUCGCGAAAGGACCUGCUUGCAGACCUCGCAAGGUAAAAAAGGACUACACUUCCUUCUUCCAGCAGCACGCUUUAAACCACAGUUACACCAGCUACCGUGUUCCACCAGGCACACAACACUUUGAUUAUCACUCGGGCCAAUCCUCUUAUUAAAGUAGAAUGUCAAGGAUAUGUUCAUUUAUUCUCACAGCUCAACAUCCCAAAAUAGUGUCAAUGUUAAUUCUUUAAAAAAUCAUACUUCGAAUUUCAUUUGGUUUUACAUAAAAAAAGCAUUACUACCAUUUUCAUGUCUAAAAUAAGCCGUCCCAUAGUGGACUGAAAGUGUAAGUACUUGUGAAGGCUUUUGUGUAUUAAAGUCUUCGUGCAUGUGCUUGAUUGACGUAACAAUCAGUACAUCAUAAAGUUAAGGAUUAUUUAUUUAAUAUGUAUUAAUCAUUAUUAUCUAGGUUUUAAGAUAAUUAUAAAAUACUAUAUUGCAUAAUUUUUUUUCAUCAUGGUACAACUUUCAUUUUUACAUCUAUCACAACGAAUAAUAAACAUAAUUAUGUACCUAAUGUACCUAUAUGUGCGGCUUUAAAAAUGCGAACACUUGCGAAUCGCUUUAAGCUUUUUAACAUUUUUUUUUAAAUAAAAACUUCUGUAAUAAUAUAUAAAAUUUAUAUUUUUAUUUUUAUUGUUAUAUUUUCGGCCAUUAAUUUACUUAAAGUAUAACAAAUCAUCUUUAGCUCUGCUUGUGUAUGCACCUAGUCAGCAUAAAACUGUCCGAAUUAUUUUGUAAAUAAAAUGUUUAAAUAAAUGUAUUUUAAUGAAAA